CACGCUCCUCUGUUUAUGGUUCAGACGCGGUUUAAUUCCCCACAGAGAGCGUCCUUUAAUUAUCUCAAAACAUGUCAGAGGAUAUUUAAACCUAAAUAUCGUCGACAAGUGUAAAUGACGUGAAAUUUAGGCUACUUUAUUUGUUUUCCUGUAAGGUUCCUUUGUUCCAGCUGUAUGAGACGCAGAUGCAGUCAUUUACACGCGGCAAGACAUUAUAUUGUUUUUAGCCGCUGCCAUCGUUACUGAAAUGAGGGUGGUUGUAAUGGGCCACAGGGGACCGCUGCAGUUGUCUGACCUUUGCAAGCUGUAUAAUGAGGAGUCUGUCCACACCCUAUCCUCUGUGUUUGAGCACGAAUGGGAAAAACAACAGAAUUACAAUGAGAGGUUGGACUUAGAAGAGGAUUCUGGAAGAGAGUCACUGCUGGUCUCCAGAAAAACCAAUACUGGUUACUCUCUCCUUUAUGCAAUGUGGGUGACGUUCCGUCCAGCCUUAGUCAAAGUUGCGCUUCUGAGACUGUCAACUGAUAUUUUUAGCAUUUUAGUUCCUUUGACUCUCAGGUGGGUUAUCCUGUUCUGUGAGAGACAGGCUGUGUUUGACUGGGCAGGAUACACAUAUUCUCUGGUGGUGUUGGGAGCAGUUUGCUGCUGUGCUGUUUCUCAGCAUCACUUUGAGAAACAUAGUAGGAUAAUUGCAGCCAAUGCACAAGCGGUUCUAGCUGGCUUCCUCUACAGGAAGGUAAAGCAAUCCAACACCACUCAGGGGACAGAUUUAUUAAGGGAGGUUGAAAAUGUUCCAGAGCUAGUGGUCACAUUAGCUUGUCUUUGGUCCACUCCCCUGAGAGUCGCUCUCUGUCUGGACUUACUGUGGGGAGAAUUGGGCCCAGGUGUUCUAGUGGGGGUGGCAUUGCUACUAGUCCUCAUCCCUGUCAACUCUGCAGUAGAGCGCAAAGCCAAACAGCUUCAGAGAACUCAGCUGAUCAUCAGGGAAAGGAGUGAACAACUCAUCAAGGAAAUGUUGCAUAAAUACCAGGCCCUGAAGUUUCUCACAUGGGAGUCUUGGUUCCAUCAAAGAGUUACAGAGUCACGGGCCAGGGAGCUGGAGAUGCUCAGAAUUCUGGGAUAUCUGACAGCAUUCUCUAUGCUCAACUCUAUCUGUAUGCCUUUCCUGGUUGGUUUCUCUAGUAUCGGUGUGUUUGUGCUGGUGGAUGAUGGGAAUGUUCUCACACCGUCUCGGAUCUUUACAUCCCUCUGUUUCUUCAGAUUGCUCCGCCCACCUCUGCUGGAGCUCCUUGGGCUCUUCUGUGUUCUCAAGCAGGCACAGCAGUCUCUUUGCCAUCUGGAGAAGAGCUUUCUUGGAAAGGAUUUGGGCACCACUCAGUUAGUUACUACAAAAGAAGAGCUUCCAUCUGAUGGCUUCCAACAGCGAUGUGACCGGUGUAAAGAUAAGCACAGUCAUUCUGAUGAGAAAAGUGAUCACUAUCUAUCCCAAAAAGGCAGUGGAAAGGCCCGCAUGCUGUAUUUGAGGGCUUUCGGCUGGCACUGGCUGGCAGUUUCCUCGCUUGCCUACCUGUCUGUGUGUGCUGUUAGUUUAGCACAAGAUGGCAUCCUGAGUGUGUGGACGGGUGAAGCCAAAGAAGUUCAAGGCCUGGAAGGGUGGAGAGAGCUCAGAAACUCACGACUGUCUGCGUACGCACUGCUCGGACUCCUGCAAGCCUUCCUCGUGUGCUGUGCCGCCUACUGUCUGACCUGCGCCUCUCUCAGGGCUUCUCAUACACUGCACUCAAAGCUUCUGUCAGAUGUUCUUCACAUGCCUAUGCAUUCCCAGAAGACUGACAUGAGAUGGCUACUGCAAGUAUUCACUCAGGAUAUGCAGGUGAUUGAUGAAGAGCUGCCCAAACAUUUGCACAGCUGGUUGAAGAGUCUUUUGGACAUAUUGAGCACCAUCACUCUGAUCAGCUUCAUCAUGCCAGUUUUCAGCCUAGCUGUCUGCCCGCUGAUAAUCCUCUUUCUCCGUAUUCAGUCACGCUUUUCUUCAACCCACAGUCAUAUCAGACACAUGGAGGCAAACCCAGUUGCUUCUCUGGAGUGUGUGACGCAGUGUGUUGAAGCUCCACUUUCUGGGCCAAAACAUAGGAAGGCGUGUCUGACACACUGCCUCCAAGCCUUAAAUCAAAACCUGCUGGUCAAGUACAACAAAAUCAACACAGAAAGUCGGGCUGCGUUGCGGUUAGAUGGCAUUGCUGGGAUUGUGCUGUUCCUGGUCAGUCUGAUUCUGCUGGAGACUGAACCGGACGCAGUGCUUGUGGUUCUGGCAUUGAUCUGUGCCUUCAAUAUCAAAAAAGCUGUUCACCGAUACCCUCAGGCUGCCUCUGAUAUCAGCAUGGACAUGCUGAGCAUGCAAAACCUUUGUGAAUUUGCCAAAGUGGAGAAGGAGGCAGCAUGGGAAAAAUCCUACAGACCACCCAAUGACUGGCCCCAGCAUGGAGAGGUGAAGUUCAGGAACUAUGAGUCUGAAGCCUCCUCUAAUGGCACACCAGCUCUUAGAGGAAUUAAUCUCACCAUUCUAAAAGAGGAAAAGAUUGGGCUCGUAAGCAGAGGGAAGACCGACACCGAUGGUUUGGUUAGCAGUCUGUUCCGGUCAGUGGAGGCCAGGAGCGGCGCUGUGCUGAUUGACGAUAUAAACAUCGCCCGCAUGGGUCUACGUGACCUUCGUAGCCGUCUGCAAAUCAUUUCUCAGGUUCCCGUACUGUUCUCUGGUCCCUUGAGGGCUAACCUGGACCCGUUCACUCAGCAUACUGAUGCACAGGUGUGGUUGGCUCUGGAGCUCUGCCAUCUGAAGGAGCGUGUUCGACUAUUGCCUGCUCAGCUGCUGCACCCUGUACAGAGGACCUCCCUCGCUUUCAGCUUUGGCCAGAGGAGGCUGCUCUGUUUGGCCAGAGCCCUGCUUGCAAGGGUCAGAAUCCUGCUUGUGGAAGAGGCCCUUCCUCGUGUGGACCUAGAAACAGAGGAGCUGGUCCGACAGUUGAUCCACACAGAGUUUAAACACUGCACUGUACUGUGGCUCACUCAGAACCCGCUCAAUGUCAUGCACACUGACAGGGUGCUGGUUUUGAAUAAGGGACAAGCUGUGAACUUUGACUCCCCUUCCACUCUCCUCCAGCAGGGGCCGCUGUUCAGUCAGUGAGACGGGACCUGCUCUUACAUCCAAUUAUUAUUCUGUUAUCAUUUACUCAUUUCUUGUUGACCAAAUAUUUAAGAUAUUAAUUUUACAUCAUACGUUAGGUUCUCUAAAGCACAGUUUAUUCACACAUUAAUUAAUGAAGGUUUUGGACAGAUUAUACUGAAUAAAUGAUUAAAUAAAAAAGUGAUAAGUGGAACACAAACAGAUUUUGAAAUAUUCUAGAAAAUUGUGGGGGUUAUUUUAAAUGUAUUUUCCAUUUU